CCAAGAAUUCUGUCUCUUUAAAAUGGCAGCGCAGACAACAAAGCUUCACUUUUACUUUUGUUGUUUGAGAUAAGAGACAACAAUGUCUGCCGGUAUAGCUCGUGGCCGUCUUGCUGAGGAACGCAAAGCUUGGCGCAAGAAUCACCCCCAUGGGUUUGUGGCUAAACCUGAGACACUUCCAGAUGGGUCUGUGAACUUGAUGGUGUGGCACUGCUCUAUUCCUGGUAAAACAGGGACGGAUUGGGAGGGUGGCUGUUAUCCAGUUACGAUUCACUUCAGUGAAGAUUAUCCUAGCAAACCACCAAAGUGCAAAUUCCCGCAAGGUUUCUUCCAUCCGAAUGUGUAUCCAUCAGGAACAGUUUGCUUGUCGAUCCUCAAUGAAGACAGUGGGUGGAGACCAGCCAUUACAGUGAAACAGAUACUAGUUGGCAUCCAAGACCUGUUAGAUCAGCCAAACCCUGCUGAUCCUGCUCAAACUGAAGGGUAUCAUCUCUUUAUUCAGGAUGCUAUUGAGUACAAGAAGCGGGUUAAGCUGCAGGCCAAGCAAUAUCCACCUCUGGUGUAAUCUAAAUAAUGUUCGUAUAAUCUCGUGUGUCUCUGCGUUCUAAUGCAACUUAAAAGUAAGCUGUUCAUAGCCUGCUGAUAGCUGACUCUCCUUCUGGCAAAAUGAUGCUAAUUGGUUUUUGUUGCAGCGGCGAAGUAAAUCGUUAUAGUGGGAAUUUAUACCUGAUUUUGCUUUUCAUUGUUCUUAGUCGUCAUAUAUGUGCAUUAUCAUGGAAAGCUAUAAUUGUUUCAGACAAUGGAAACAUGUUGACAUUGUUAAUUUCUUUUGUGAUAUCAGAGUUCAUCUACUAUAACCUAA